GGUGGAGAUGGGCGGGCCUUUCCUGUCCAUUGUUCUCGGUGCCCGAGCGUCCAGCCAGAGCUGGCCCGGGAGCUCUGCUGAGCCCGGGGGCGCGCGCCGCCUCCGUGUCCGCGUCCUAGGCGCCCUUCGCAGGGAAGCACCCCUCAGCCCCCCGGUCCCCACAAGCCACGAAGUGACUCCCAAGAGAAGGGCAAGAUUUGAACCUUCCAGGACAAGCUGCAAUUAAGAGGGACAUCUUCCUCCAAUUGGACAAUGGCUGGAGAAGUCCCAGGAAUGACUGCCGUCUUGGAUUCUUUGGCUCAGACACCAGAAGAGGAAGAGGAGGAGGAGGAAGAGGCCUCCACAAUGAUGCUGGAAGAUGAGGACUCUUCCUGGAAGCCUGGCUUAGCCCUGCAAGGGGACAGCUGCACCCCGGAAUCCUUCCACCAGAUUAAAAGUAAAGUUGAGUAUCAGGAGGCUGCUAAACCCAGGGAAUCUCUUAGCAGACUCAGGGAACUCUGUCAGCGAUGGUUAAGGCCAGAACUGCAUACAAAGGAGCAGAUGCUGACUCUGCUGCCAGGGGAGAUUCAGGCUUGGUUGAGGGAGCAUCGGCCAGAGAGCAGCAAGGAGGCGGUGGCUCUGGUGGAGGACUUGACUGAAACUCUUCGAGAGAGUGCUCUCUCUAUCACCCGGGUUCCAGCCUUUUCUGAGGAGGACAGUUCUGAAGACCAGGUUAUGGAGGCUGCACUCCUAAUGGCCAGGGCUCAGGGACCAGGGACGUUUAAAGAUGGGGAAGUUUCUCUCUCCCAAGAGGAGCAAGAAAGUCUGGAUGCUGCUCCGAAGGACCUCUGUGGUGAUGUGAUGCAGGAGAAUUAUGGGAAUGACCUGUCACAUGAUUUUGAAAUCCAGAGUGAGAAUGAAGAGAAUUCAAAUCAGGAAAUAUUUGAAGCAGUGGAAGAAAAUAUGUUAUCAGGAAGGCCUGAAGGGGAAGGCAUUCAGCAUUCUGAUUGGGGAAGUGACUUUGAGAGAGACUAUGGGAUAGAGAGGCCUCAGGGAAAUUCCCAAGAAGGGGAAUAUGGGGAAACUACUUUUCAGGACAGGGAAAUAGGGCAAUUCAUAGGCCUUCAGGGAACCUAUUUAGGUGAGAAGCCCUAUGAAUGCCCUCAAUGUGGGAAAACCUUCAGUCGGAAGUCACACCUUAUUACACAUGAGAGGACCCAUACAGGAGAGAAAUAUUAUAAAUGUGAUGAAUGUGGAAAAAGCUUUAGUGAUGGCUCAAAUUUUAGUAGACACCAAACAACUCAUACUGGGGAGAAACCUUAUAAAUGCAGAGAUUGUGGAAAAAGCUUUAGCCGGAGUGCAAAUCUAAUAACACACCAGAGAAUCCACACAGGGGAAAAACCCUUCCAGUGUGCUGAGUGUGGGAAAAGUUUCAGCAGGAGUCCCAACCUCAUUGCUCAUCAGCGAACCCACACAGGAGAGAAACCAUAUUCAUGCCUGGAGUGUGGAAAGAGCUUUGGUAACCGUUCUAGCCUUAAUACACACCAGGGAAUUCACACUGGAGAGAAACCCUAUGAAUGUAAAGAGUGUGGAGAAAGCUUUAGCUACAACUCUAAUUUAAUUAGGCACCAGAGAAUCCACACAGGAGAGAAACCAUAUAAAUGUACUGACUGUGGACAAAGAUUCAGUCAGAGCUCAGCCCUUAUUACACACCGAAGAACUCAUACAGGAGAAAAGCCCUAUCAGUGCAACGAAUGUGGAAAAAGCUUUAGCCGAAGCUCAAAUCUGGCAACACACCGAAGAACUCACAUGGUGGAGAAGCCCUAUAAAUGUGGUGAGUGUGGGAAAAGUUUCAGCCAGAGUUCUAGUUUGAUUGCCCAUCAAGGAAUGCACACAGGAGAAAAACCCUAUGAAUGCCUGACAUGUGGAGAAAGCUUUAGUUGGAGUUCCAACCUUAUUAAACACCAGAGAAUCCACACAGGAGAGAAGCCCUAUAAGUGCUCUGAGUGUGGGAAAUGUUUCAGCCAGCGAUCACAACUUGUGGUCCAUCAGAGAACUCACACAGGAGAGAAGCCAUAUAAAUGUCUCAUGUGUGGAAAAAGCUUCAGCCGGGGAUCAAUCCUUGUCAUGCACCAGAGAGCUCAUCUAGGGGACAAACCUUAUAGAUGUCCUGAAUGUGGGAAAGGUUUCAGUUGGAAUUCCGUUCUUAUCAUACAUCAAAGAAUACAUACAGGAGAAAGGCCCUACAAAUGCCCAGAGUGUGGAAAAGGCUUUAGUAAUAGUUCCAACUUUAUUACACAUCAGAGAACUCACAUGAAAGAGAAACUCUAUUGAUAUAGCAAGUAUCGGGAAAAGUCUGAUAUCAGGAAACUGAUAGGAGAGGAAAGCCACAAGCAUCCUGAAGGCAGUAGUUCUACCAAAAAAAAAAGUAUCUAAUGUCCCAUUUAAAGAUCCAUUCACUUUAAUGUUCCUUAGAACUUUUUGCCAAAAUCUUACCACUGCCCAUCCUGGUCAUUGGAAUGCUAUCUGUACUUUGAAGAGCUCAAAACACACACACACACACACAUACACACACACACACACACACAAAACCAACAGGUCAGGCAAUGUGGAUCAUGUAAGCUGGUUCUACCAACAAUUCACUGCAUACUUCCCUAUCUCUUUCUUUGUGCCUAAGAUUUCUUCCUGGUAAAAUAGGAAGAAUAUUUCCAGUUGUAAGGAGAAAGACAUCUGCAAAAUGGGUCAUAUUGUUCAGAAAGAGACCAGAGAUCCAAAUGAAUGCUUGUUCUUUUGCCCUGGCUUCCUUGUUGCUAUGGUGCCUUCAUUUCAUUCUGUUGUGCUGCCACUAAGUAUUUUCUUCUUGGAUUAAGUAUAUUAGGCUAUAUCUCUAAGGUUAAGGACAGAGUUUGGGCAAUAUGGCCUUGAAAUGAAAAGAGGGAUAGACAUCAAGGCAAAGCCUUUUUCUGUCUCUGGAAUAUGCCAAGAGCACAGAGAAGGCCUGGAGAGUGUGCAGCCUAGACCCAGACUGUAUUCUCUUGAGAGGGGCUGGGCUUUCCCAGUCUGGAAAUUUAUAAACCGAAGUGAAUUUAAUGGUAGCCCAUUGUCUAAACUAACCAUGUAGUAGCCUUGCCAUAGUAAGGAGCCUACAAUGAGGAAUGGAAUGUUUUGUUGAGAAUAUAUAUAUAUAGAAUGGAGUAGGAGCCCAUUUGAGACCCAGUAACUUCUACUACUGGUGGUUAAUAAUUUUCUUCCUUAUAUAGUGGGAGACUGUUGAUACUUCCCUCACUGCUGGAGGAAACUUUUUUUUUACUUACACCACACACAGAUAUGUAGCCCUAUAAUCAUUUUAUAAUAACUCAUUCUAUGCACUUGUAUUUCCCUAUAGACUAUUUCUCUUGUAUACCCAGCUCUAGAAUUCUAUCAAGUAGUUAAUUGCAUACUAAAAACUUAUUUCUAAGGAAGUACUGGUGUUCAUGUCAUCUGGUCUGAGUUUAGAUCCAAGUGGGAGGUCCUCCUGUGACUUGUGCCCAUUCUUGUGUGACACUAAUAUGGCCAAUAUGCCUGUGGUCCCUGAUUUUUGCAAAUUAAGACAGUGGAAGGAGAACAGCUGAAAGGGGGUGAUUAUUAGGAUUGGGGACUGGCAGAGAAGUCAUUUCUGGGAAAUAUGAAGCUGUCUCCUCCCUCUGCACAUGGAACCUGGACUCAAGAUGAGUCCACAGGUCCCAUAGUCCUUCAUUCUCUUAAUAAAGUAUUCCUGUCCCUC